AUGCAACUUCCAUCUGCAUCGUUGGUGAUCCUAUUUUUGGUGCUCAUUAUCGUAUCAAUUAUACUUUUCUGGGGUGAACAAUCAUGCUCAAAAAUAUCUUCAAUCUUUUCCGGUAAUUGUCAUUUAUCAUUAAGCGAAAGUGAUGAUUUCAUAUGUGAACCGGACAAUGUUUGGAAUGAACGCAAAAAUGUCUAUCGAGCACAAGACAAAGAAAACAUGAUGAAACGCCAGAGCAACAUUUUUUUUCUCACGAAUUGGGAGCCUAAUUUUCAUUGUUCUCAUGCAAGACGAGUCGGUCGAAUGGGUGAUGGUGGCAAAUGGGUAUGUGAUCCUUAUCGAUUGAAAUCUCGAUUGGAUUGUUUGGUGUACAGUGUUGGAUCCAAUGGUGAUUUCAGCUUCGAAGUCGAUAUGAAAAAAACAAUGCCACAUUGUGAAAUUCAUACUUUCGAUCAAAAUCGAUACGUUUGUCCGAAAGAUAUUUGUAUAUUUCAUCAAAUUACUUUCGGCAAUGGCACUCAUCCACCAGGUUCCAAAAGUUGGACAACCAUCAUCCAAGAAUUGAAUCAUGUUCAACGAAAAAUUAAUGUAUUAAAAAUUGAUAUUGAAGGCGGUGAAUACUUUUUCUUUCCUCUUCUUAUGCAAGCAUCGGCAAAUUCUCUGCCACAACAAAUUCUCGUCGAACUUCAUCCGAUUGAUCCCAACAUGAUUCAUGGAUUUUUUGAACUCUUACGAGAACGUCACUAUGUUAUUUUCAACAAGGAACCGAAUCUCAUCGCUGGACAUCGAUAUUUCGAAUAUGCCUUCUUAAAAUUGAAUCCACUUUUUUUCAAAUCUUUACCAGCAAGUUCUGGAACUAAGUAG